AUGUUUUUUAAAGGCGUUUUACUUUCAGUGUACAUAUUUUUCUUUAUUUCUUAUGUUGAAAUAAUAUUUUGCAUAAGAAUAAAAAGGAAUAAUUUAUAUAAUUUUCAAAAUAUGACAAAUUCUUUAAAUGUUAAGAAUUUAGAUGAUGUGAAGGAAAAGGUUAAAUAUGAGAAACAUUCGUACUGCUUAGUACUAGAUAAAUAUAAAGUAAAUAAAAUAUUAAAAAACAAAGGAGCUAAAUUUUGGCUAUUAGAUAUUUAUAAAUUUCCUUCCGUUUUAAAAUAUAAAGAAUAUAAAAAUCGUUUCUUGCAAAAUGAUGAUAGUGAUAAAAAUGCUCAUAUGCUAAAUUUGAUAUAUAAUAACUUUUUAAAAAAAAGAAAUCACAAAAAUCAUAAGAAUGAGAAUUAUAAUAGUGAUCAUAAUGAUAAUCAAAUGUGUAAUAAUGUUAAUAUAUUAUUUUGUAACGAUCAUAUUAAAAAUCCAUCUAUUUUUAAUGAAGAAGAUUAUAGACUAAUUCCACUCAACGAUUUUUUUAUUAAAAUUUUACAAGAACUUUUUUAUAAACAAAGAAAGGAUUUCACACAUGAUGAAAUGAUUUAUAUCAAAAAUAAUAUUAUAUCUAUAUCUCAUGAAUUUAAUGACAAUUUGCCUGAAUCGUACAGGCAAAAAGAGAAACAAACAGCUGAUAACAUUAUCAUGUGUGAUGAUAAUUUGCCUGAACAGUACAGGCAAAACGAAAAAAAAACAGGUGACAACAUUAUAAAGUGUGAUGAGAAUUUAGGUGAAGAUUUGAUAAAAGAUGAAAUAAAUAAAAAUGCUGAUAAUAAUAAUAAUAAUAAUAAUAACAAUAAUCCUUUGGAUAAUUUGUGUGAGAAUAUUAAGGAUGAUAAAGAUGAGAUAGAAAUAAUAUAUAAUAUGCACAAGUUAGAAUAUAUUGAAGAAUUAUUUAAAUUAAUAAAAGAAGAGAAUAUAAAAUUUCAGAAAGUAAAAUUAGAAUUUGGUUAUGAUAAUAUGAACACGUCAGAAAUUUUAAGGAAAAUAUUUCCAUCUAUAAAUGAAAUAAUACACAAGUUUGAAAUAAUAGGACAUAUAGCACAUUUAAAUUUUUGUGAUAAAUUAGAAUCUUGUAAAAAGAUAAUUGCAGAAAUUAUAUUAGAUAAGAAUAAAAGUAUAAAAACGGUGAUAAAUAAAAAGGACAUAUUGAAUAAUACUCACAGAACAUUUAAUAUUGAAUUAUUAGCAGGUGAGAACAAUUAUAUUACACAAUUAAAAGAGAAUAAUAUAAGAGUAAAACUGAAUUAUGAAUUAAUAUAUUGGAAUUCAAAAUUAAAAAAGGAACGAGAUCGUAUAUAUAAUUUGGUAAAAGACAAUUCUAUAAUAAUUGAUGUUUUUGGAGGUGUUGGUAUAUUUAGUUUAUCUUUGAGUAAAAAAAGUUGUUUAUGUUUUUCUAAUGAUAUUAAUGAACAUGCAUAUAAAUAUAUGAAUAUAAAUAUCGCAAUGAAUAAAAAUAAAAAUAUAUUAACAUAUAACAUGGAUGGUCGUGUAUUUCUUGAAAAAUUAUUUAAUUUAAAAAUUUUCUCAAAAAAUAAUGAUAUUUUAACAUUAUAUAUAAAUGAUCAAAAUCAAAAAAAUAUAUCGGUUGAUAUUUUGAAUAGUAAAAAUCACAAUGUGACAGCAAAUAAUAAAAAUAAAGGCAAAGUUAUAAAAGAUAUUCAAAAUGAUAAUAUGUGUCAAAAGGAAAAAAAAAAUACAUCAGAUAGAAUAUGUCCAUAUAUUGAUAAUGAAAAUGAUAAUAAUCAAAGACACAUUACAAGUGAUAAUAAUAAUAUUGAUCAACAUGAUGAUAUUUAUGAACAUAAAUUCAAAUAUCAAAAAAUAGGAGAAGAUAAUAUUGAGGAUUCCAAAAAAAAUGAAGAAAAACAUAAAAUAAAUAUAAAUUUAAAUAUCUAUGAAGAUAUACACAUAUUAAUGAAUUUACCUCAAACAGCUUUAGAAUUUCUUAAUGUUUUUAAAAAAUAUAAAAAAGAAAAAAAUGAUGAACUAAGAAAUGUGUUUAUUCAUUGUUAUUAUUUUGCAAAGCCGGAAUUUUUUUAUGAACAUGCAGAAAAAAAUAUAUUGCUUCAUUUUAAUCAAAUUCCAAAAGAUAUUAAAAUUACAGAGAUAAGAAAAGUUUCACCAAGUAAAUUAAUGUAUGUUGUAGAAUUUAAUUUAAAAGAUUUAUUAUAA